UUUUUGAUAAUCAGCUGUAGGCUUCCAUGUUUCCAAUGGUUUGACCCGCGCUCUCCAUCCCAGCUCGCGCGCACCGGGACAGCGCGCCUAUCCAAAGAAGGACGCUGCUGGUUUGAAUGUCUCAGUUGUUGCUGACCCGCCGGAGACGAGGGGAGGUAACGAGUCGUGGCCACCAUGCAAAGUUUCACCGGAAUCUGGCCCCUCUUAUCGGUCCUUCUGCUGCAGCUGGUACCUGCGCAGAUUUCACAUCCUCCAGAAAAAGGUCACUCAAGAGUAAUGGCGUUCCAGGAGGUGUGGGCAAAGAGCGUGUGUCGCCCCAUGGAGCAGUUAGUGGAUGUUGAGCAGGAGUACCCUGGAGAAGUGGAGUACAUCUACAUGCCCGCUUGUGUCCCACUGUCCCGCUGCUCUGGUUGCUGUGGGGACGAGAACCUGGAGUGCCAGGCUACCCUCGAACGCAACAUCACUCUGCAGGUGAUGAGGAUUCAUCCCAUGGUAUCUAUGCACCAUGUGGAACUCACAUUCGUGGAGCAUCAGAGUUGUGAAUGCAGAGCCCGUCAGAAACUUCUGAACGACAAAAGCAGCAGUGAGUUCAUCAGGAACAGACCUCGGAGAAGGAAACACAAGAAGACAGCAAACGGCUGUGGAAAGUGCCAGUCCUCUCAAAACAAGAUAAAUCUUCACUGAUUCACGAUGUUAUCCAUAGUUUUAAUCCGGAGGAGUGACUUUGGAGUGGCAAAUAACAGCUCAUCUGUGAAUUGAUCAACUCUGAUAAUGAUAAUAAUACUAAUCUUCUGUCAAUACAUCUUUCCUCAUCCAGUGCAUCAUCAGCUAUAUUACCUUGUCCAUGACAUUUUUUUCUUUUUUGAUUAAUUAUCAAAGCAGAAGACCAUAUCUGCAAACUCCUUUGAUUAUGGGCUGUUAAAAACAGCAGUUAGAGGCAGUUUCAUUUUUCUUUUAUAUAUACAAUAUAUACAGUAUAUAUAGACAGGAUCCAACAGAUUCCUAAUGGGUGGAUAGCUGUAAUCUUAUCAGUGGCCAGAGAAUGAUUUAAGGUCUUCAUCCACCCUCAAGUGUUCACUGGUUAAUAUUUAGAUUAAUAUGUCCAGAAACCUUCUCCAUAACUUCAUGUUCAUUUUAAAUUAAUAGAGUGACUCCUGUAAUAAAACUUAUAAAGACGUGUAGCCUAUGUGAAACUGAAAAAAGACAUCAUGUAUGUGACUUUCUAUAAAGUGUUAUUUACUGAUUACAGGACAUUAUGUGUUCAUGAGUUUAUUAAAUAAAAGGCAGUUCAACUACAA